AUGGAGAACAUAGGACACGACAUGGACGCCGUUAUAUUCAAUGGGCCUUGGACAAUAGACGUGGAGAAGCGUCCAAUACCAACUGUGACAGAACCCACGGACGCCAUCGUCAAGGUGACAUCGGCAGGCAUCUGUGGUUCGGAAUUGCACAUGUAUCGUGGUCACCAGAAGACUCCAGUCGGACAUAUCAUGGGACACGAAUUCGUGGGAUAUAUCGAAAAGAUCGGACCAGAGGUUCGCAACUUCAACGUUGGGCAGAAAGUUGUCUCCACGUUCUCUCCUGUCUGCAUGUCUUGCUGGUUUUGCCAACACGGCUAUCCCAAUCGGUGCCCUAAAGGAUUCGCACCAUUUGGCACCCAAGGUCUAGCUGGAGGGCAGGCUGAGUACGUCCGGGUGCCGUUUGCAGACGGCACACUCAGGGCGACGCCGGAAAAUGUCGAGGAUGACCUUUUGAUCAUGAUGUGCGACAUCUUCCCCACUGGCUACUAUGGCGCCAUGAGAGCUAUCGACCGUCUGUCAAAGUCGCAAUCACUCACAGAGGCAGUUUUUGUUUGCCUCGGCUGCGGGCCAGUAGGCCUCUGCGCAAUCCUGACCGCGCGAUCCAAAGGGGUGAGAACGAUUUACGUCGUCGACAGUGUCGACGACAGGCUAGAACAGGCGGCAAACAUGGGCGGCAUUCCGCUCAAAUUGGGCCAGCACGACAUAGCAGAAACGAUAAACAAAGCAACGGAUGGCCGCGGCGCCGACGCUAUCAUUGAAGUGGUUGGCAGCAAGUCAGCACUGAGAUCGGCUUUUGAUAUGCUGAGACCUUGUGGUGUCUUGUCGUCGAUUGGCUUCCAUCAAGGUGAUCUUCCCUUCACUGCGCUCGAAUGCUACCAAAAGAACCUGAACAUCAAUCUUGGGCGUGCACCGGUGAGCGCAGUCUUCGACGAGGCACUGGAGAUUGUCAUGGCAAACAAGGCAAAGCUCGCGAGCAUGGUAACACAUCGGCUACCAUUGUCGGGGGCAGCGCAUGGAUAUGAAAUUUUUGAGAAGCAGCUGGCGAGAAAGGUCGUUUUGAAGCCUUAA